CAGCGUACGCGUACGUGUUCGGUUCGUUCAUUGUAUACGCGGAAAAUUGUAUUUGGUGCGGUAAUAUACAUAUAAAAGCGAAGUUGAUUUUGCUGCAUUUUUGCGGUGCAGUGCAAAUAAACCRUUGGAAAAUGUAAAUUUGUCGUGACUUUCACAUUUGAAAGCAAUUAAAUGYAAAUAAUAUAUUUGUCCGGACCACACAGAAGAGCAUAUAAAACCUAUUAUUYGAGCGUAGAAUCAGCACUCUUCAAAGCCCAUAUGGUAGUGGCGCAGCUAAAGCCGUGAGCGUCAGCGUGAAUAGCCAAAAUCGCAAAAUUUUCCAACACUUUACGGUGAACAGGAGCACACACUGACACACGCAGUCACCCACUCGCAGCGGUGAAACUACUUUACUCACAACAACGCUAUGAAGUCCACCUUGAUUUGGUUAUUGCUGGCCGGUGUUGGCGCCGUACUGCUGUUGGGCGACACUGUCGACGCCUGGAAUCGACAGUUCUUCAAUCGCUACUCUCGCAGCUGGCUGCGCAACAACGCUGAUGGUGGCGUCGCCGGCGUUGUAACCGGCCUGGGCGGAAGUACCGGCAAUGCGCAGCAAAUUGACGACUUUAAUGCACUCUUCGGCCUUGGCAACGAUAUGAGCGUGCAUGGCAAUGGCGGCCGUGUGACCACCAAUGGCGGCAGCGUAGGCGGCAAUAGAGGUGCUGGCGGUAGUGGUGGUAGUGCAGGUGUUGGUUACGCCACCUACGGCGCGGGCUAUGAUGUGGACACUGGCGGUUUUGGUGGUCAACAACAGCAAACGGAGAUAUAUGGCAUCGUGGAACCGUUAAUAGAGGAUACGCCGUGCGUAGAUCGCGCUUGUCAGGUCAAUGAUGAUUGCUGUCCCACAGGUGUCUGCGUCAAUACCUAUGGUGAAGGUAAAUGCAUUUACGUUUAUGGGCGUAAACGCGAUCUCUGUCAUCGCAAUACGGACUGCGAGCUGGGCAUGUCGUGUCUGAAGAGCGCAGCUGGUAAUCUGAUGUGUCAGCCGAGUGCAUCUACGGCUCAUCUAUUGAAUGCGGUUGGUGGUGGCAUUGGCGCUGCUGGUGUUGGUGUUGGUGAUGGUGGCAGCCUUGUCGGUGGUGGUGGUGGUGGCGGUGCCGGUAAUAACGCUGUUGGCUUCAAUGUUGGCGCAAAUAUGGCAACAGCUCCCAAGUUGACGUUGAAUGCGAAGCAAUUUGGCGAAGAUUGUAUAUCGUCGAGCGAUUGUAAUGUGAGCAAGGGUCUAUGCUGUCAACUACAACGCACCCACCAUCGCAUACGUCCACGCAAAUUAUGCGCUUACUUCCGGGAUCCUUUCAUGUGCAUCGACAUUAUGCCAGCCGACGAUGAGGAAGUGCGCGACUCACGUUUCCUAUCCGCCUUCAGUCAGCGACGCAUGUAAUGAGGAGAAGUAAGUGGAAGAGGAAGCAGGAGGAG